UUCCUUCGUCUUCCACUUCCACGGUUCCAUUCCACCUCCUCCUCCCCGCCUCCUCCAUUCCUCCCCCAACCACUCAAAACCCUAGCUAAACCCCGGCCUCCGCCGCCAGCUCGACUCCGGCGAUCUCGUCCGUCGAGAUGGACUUCAAGGGGGCCAAGAUCCCGAGCGCUGCGCCGAAGGGCGCGGGCGCCCUGGCCAAGCUGGUGCUGGUGGGCGGCGCGCUGGCGUACGCCGGCCUGAACAGCCUGUACACCGUCGAGGGAGGCCACCGCGCCAUUGUCUUCAACCGCCUCGAGGGCAUCAAGGACAAGGUGUACCCCGAAGGGACUCACCUGAUGAUCCCGUGGUUCGAGAGGCCGAUCAUCUACGACGUCCGCGCCCGCCCCAACCUCGUCGAGAGCACCUCCGGAAGCCGGGAUCUGCAGAUGGUGAGAAUUGGUCUUCGUGUCCUUACAAGACCCAUGCCAGAUCAACUACCUAAAAUCUACAGGAGCCUGGGGGAGAACUUCAAUGAGAGAGUUUUGCCUUCAAUCAUUCAUGAAACACUCAAAGCUGUUGUUGCGCAAUACAAUGCCAGCCAGCUGAUCACACAGAGAGAGGCUGUAAGCAGGGAGAUUAGGAAGGUUCUGACUGAGAGGGCCAAUAACUUCAAUAUUGCUCUGGAUGAUGUGUCCAUCACAAGUCUCAGCUUUGGAAAAGAGUUUACUCAUGCCAUUGAAGCCAAACAGGUUGCUGCACAAGAAGCUGAGCGUGCUAAGUUCAUUGUUGAGAAGGCCGAGCAAGACAAGCUAAGUGCAAUUAUCAGGGCACAGGGUGAGGCUAAGAGUGCAGAGCUUAUUGGUCAAGCCAUUGCCAACAACCCUGCUUUUCUCGCUCUCAGACAGAUUGAAGCUGCCAGGGAGAUCUCUCACACCAUGGCUACCUCAAACAACAAGGUGUUCCUUGAUUCCAAUGACCUUUUGCUGGGACUCCAGCAGCUGAAUGUGGAGGGCAAACAAAAGAAGUGAAGUGAUUAUCCAGUCAUGUUUGAUAGUUACUGUCCAAUCUCUGGUGGAGCAGUGGAAGAGUAGUUUAAGAGGAAUACACUCGAUCUUUAAUGUAGUUUCUGUCGAAGGUUUUAUCUGAACCAGAACGAGUGUUAAAAUGAACAAGACACCCUUCGUUACUGCAAUUUUUGGAGGCAUUUUGCCAGUAAAUGGUUGCUAGUAUUUUUCUGUGCAAUUCACAAGA